AUGGAUUUUAUCGGUCGCCGUACUUCGGCUAAUGCCUAUGACUUCAUCAAAGAUGCAUCCGAGGCCUACGCUGAACAGCAAGAGGAAAAGCGGAAGUAUAAGGAAAGUCUCCAACCUGCUGCCCAAAGGCUCCGACUUGCUUCCCAGCAACGGUUCUUUCUUGAAAACAAGCGGCGAAUGGGCUAUAAGGAUAGUAGCAAAAAGAAAGACCCUUAUGUCCACCCACCGGAUCUUCCACACGAGCCUCGCUCAAGCCAUGAUAGCAAUGUGAACAAGUCUAAGUCACAAGCACAAUCCAAAUCGACAUACCAGUCGCCAAUACCCCGUACAACUACAAAGACCAUGGAUGACCCUCCCCCAUACGAUCCUUCACCACAAGCACAAUCCAAAGCAACCUACCAGCCGUCAAUGUGCCGUACAAGUACAAAGACCUUUGAGGACCCUCCUCCAUACGAGCAGGUAGAUGGUAAGGCUGGAUCAGACCAGGAAUAUUCCAAGUCAAAAUAG